AUGGCUUCAGUUUCGUCCUUGGAUAAGGAUUUGCGCAAGGUGCGCUUAGACAAAUUUACGCCGGCGGCAGCGAACGAGGCCAAAACCUGGAUCGAAGAGAUUCUUGGCGAGAGACUCCCAUCAUCAGACCUCCUUGAAGCCCUCAGGGAUGGAAUCGCUCUGUGCAAACUGGUGAACCUCGCCCUCCCCCCUCCCGGUGUCAAGUUCAAGCAAUCGGCGAUGCCUUUCGUACAGAUGGAGAACAUCUCCAUAUUCCUUCGCGCUUGCCAGGCCCCGCCGCUGAACCUACACCAGCACGACACCUUCCUGACCGUUGACCUCUACGAGCAAAAGGACCCCGCCCAAGUGCUUCAGUGCCUCGGUGCCUUCAGCAGGGCCGCCAAUGCCGCCAACCCGGCCAACUUCCCCAGAGUCAUCGGCCCCAAGACCCGGGGUGGUGGUGUGGUCAGCCCCCAGGGCACCGGGCCCUCGACCCCUCCGGCCUCCCGUGACCGGGGCAUCUCCGUCACCAGCAACUCGUCGUCAAACUUUGGCGGUGUCUUCUCCCACAGGACGGGAGAUUCCGGCCGCUACAGCCCUACAAAGAGUUCCCCAGCCCGCGGCCCUGGAUCUCCUGGUCCUGUUACUAGCUGGAGCAGAAAGGAGCACGAGUCCGCCUCAUCGCCGGCGUGGAACAUUGCGCAGUACGGAUACAUGGGAGGAGCCAGUCAGGGGAACCUCGGGAUCGCUUUCGGGGCCCGGAGACAGAUCACAAAUGCGGGACCCAAGGUUCCCAGUCUUGCGGAAAAGGAGCGUAUCCGCAAAGAGAAAGAGGCUGAGGAGGAGAGACGGCGUCAAGAAAUAGAGGAGGAUGAGAGGCGCGCUCAGUUGGAAGAGGCGAAGAGGUGGGAGGAGGAGGAGCAACGCCAGAGGGAGGAGGAGCGACGAAAGGCAGAGGAAGAGAAGAGGCGAUGGGAAGAGGAAGAGCGACAGUGGAAGCUCACAGAGGAGAAACGCCGGCAAGAAGAAGAGGAGGCCGAGGUGCGCAUGGAGGAAGAGCGGCGGCGAGCCAGAAGUCGAAGCGAAGCCAGGCUCAAGGGGCAGUUCCUCAGCCAGUACCAAGCAGAGCAAAAGGCACCCGAGCCCCCAGCCGAGGGAGAGUACAGCAGCCGGGUGAGGGAGUUGGAGCAGGAGCUGGAGCUGGCCCGCCAACGCGAAGCAGAGUAUGAGCGAGAACGCAAGGGGAAGUUGGGACGGCAGGAAUCGGAGGCCGAAAUCAAGCCCAAGCCAGACCCCCGAAUCAAGCAGGCGCAGAUCCCAACCAGACAGGACUCGUGGUCAAGAGACGAGCGCGAGUUCCUACGAACAAAGUGGAAUCAGCACCAAGAAGCACCAAAGCUGAAGCCUUCCACCCCUGAACCGGCAUCGGCUCCCAUUUCCAAGCCGGUCACGUCGCCUCGGCCGCUGCCAGAGCCCACCGCAGCUCCCAGGACUAAGAGUCCCAGUCGGCCUCUCCCCGACCCCACAGCCUACUCCUCGACUCCUCCAGCCCCCCAGAACCGGACGGAUAGGUUCCUGGCGGGCAAGGCACCACCUCCCUUGGCACCGAAACCUCAGCAAACCUACUCUCGUGAGCUCGGGCUUACCCAGGAGCAAGAUUCCGAAGACCGACGCCGAGUGCAGAGCCAGGAGAAGACAAAGGCCGGGGGCUGGGCCUCCAAGUCCCUCCUCGAGCGCGAGAUGGAGAUGGAGCGCCAGCGCCAACAGGAAUGGGAGGAGGCGCAAAAGGAGACCGCCGCGGCCGUCCGGAGCGGCAACGGCGUCGACGGGAUCGGCGGUGGAGUCGGCGGCAAGUGGGAUGUCGGGCAAUGGGCCGGCUUCACGGGCGGUGAUGGCCAGAACAAGGGGAACCAAGGCAUCGGUGCCGGGAGAAGGCAGAUUGUUGGGCCGCGACCCCUGCCAGGACCUAAGUGA